GUGCCGGAAGUCGCUGCGAAUCAGCAACGUUGUCUGGGUCAGCUGCAGUCGAAGCGCCAGCCAACACUAUAGUUGCAGUAGCGGUGGAAGCCAACAUCGACGUUCCGUGGAGGCUCCGAGGACGUUCUUCUUGAAGCUGAACAGCUUCAGCAGCGAUGGGAUUCAAAUUCCUUGAGGUCAUCAAGCCCUUCUGCGGCAUAUUGCCCGAAGUGGCGAAACCCGAAAGAAAGAUUCAGUUCCGAGAAAAGGUUCUCUGGACAGCGAUCACGCUAUUCAUUUUCUUGGUAUGCUGUCAAGUUCCGCUGUUCGGUAUCAUGUCUUCGGACUCGGCCGACCCUUUCUAUUGGAUGCGUGUGAUUUUGGCCUCAAACAGAGGGACGCUUAUGGAACUCGGAAUCUCGCCUAUCGUCACAUCUGGACUCAUCAUGCAGCUCCUCGCCGGAGCUAAGCUCAUCGAGGUCGGAGACACUCCGAAAGACCGAGCGCUCUUCAACGGCGCUCAGAAACUCUUCGGUAUGGUCAUCACGAUCGGUCAAGCCAUCGUCUACGUAAUGACGGGAAUGUAUGGUGACCCAUACGACAUCGGAGCCGGGGUUUGCUUCCUGAUCAUCAUGCAAUUGUUCGUCGCUGGUCUCAUCGUGCUCCUGUUGGACGAACUUCUGCAGAAAGGCUACGGUCUCGGCUCGGGUAUCUCGUUGUUCAUUGCCACGAAUAUCUGUGAAACGAUCGUCUGGAAGGCGUUCUCACCAUCGACGGUGAAUACAGGCCGAGGCACCGAAUUCGAGGGGGCGAUCAUCGCCCUAUUCCACUUGCUGGCCACCCGCACUGACAAGAUUCGCGCUCUCCGCGAAGCGUUCUACCGACCGAACCUGCCGAACCUCAUGAACCUGUUGGCAACCAUUCUCGUGUUCGCCAUCGUGAUCUACUUCCAAGGAUUCCGCGUCGAUCUCCCGAUCAAGAGCGCCCGCUACAGGGGACAGUACUCGUCGUACCCCAUCAAAUUGUUCUACACGUCGAACAUCCCGAUCAUUCUUCAAUCUGCCCUGGUCUCCAACUUAUACGUUAUAUCUCAGAUGUUGUCGGUGAAAUUCGCCGGAAACUUCCUCGUCAACCUCCUCGGUGUAUGGUCCGAUUCCGGUGCAGGAUACGGAGGGAGAUCUUAUCCGGUCGGCGGUCUCUGUUAUUAUCUAUCACCUCCCGAGAACCUGGGCUCCAUCCUGGCGGAUCCCAUUCACGCCGUUCUCUACAUUGUAUUCAUGUUGGGCUCUUGCGCCUUCUUCUCGAAGACAUGGAUCGACGUUUCUGGCUCGUCGGCCAAGGACGUUGCGAAACAACUCAAAGAGCAGCAGAUGAUCAUGCGUGGUCACCGGGAAACCUCGAUGAUCCACGAGCUCAACCGAUACAUUCCCACAGCCGCUGCUUUCGGCGGACUCUGUAUCGGAGCUCUUUCUGUUCUCGCUGAUUUCCUCGGAGCUAUCGGCUCCGGAACCGGAAUUCUUCUCGCCGUCACUAUUAUUUAUCAGUACUUCGAGACUUUCGUCCGGGAACAAGGCGAUAUGGGCGGCAUGUCAACCUUGCUCUUCUAAAUUAUUUAGCGACAUUGAAUGAAUUUCGACGUACGGGAUCAGGAAUGAGAAAUCGGAAGUUUUCCGCUGACGACGGGGACGUCAACAACGCCGAGGGAAAUAUACUAUGAGGGUGAGGUACGUUUACCAGUGAGCGUGAAUGAGAAACGUUGUGAGCACAAAGUCACAGCAGAUCCACAUGAAUGCAAAUACCGACGUCGGAACGUCAACGUUCAUAGGCGGCCUGAUGAAACUACCUGCUGCUGCUGUAUGUGUAUAGAAACUUUUUUAAAUAAAACCUGUAAUGCCUCCAAGUGAACGACA